AUGUGGUUCGUGACAUUAUGGUGGGGAGAGAGGACGGUUUUUAGGGAUGCGGUGGACGAGUGUGUCUGGGACAAGUGGGAAAAAUGGCCCCAGGAUGCCGUUCCGCAUCAUACUCUGUUCAUCGCGGAUCCUCAGCUUGUCGAUGCGCAUACCUAUCCGGGCCGCCCGUGGCCGCUGUCGUCGUUGACUAUAUACUUAGCGGAUCUCUAUCUAUACAGAACGCAUGCGUUACUACAACAGAAACUCCGACCUGACAGCACAUUCUUUCUUGGAGACCUGUUUGAUGGAGGAAGGGAGUGGUCAACACCGCGCAGCUCAAGCCCAGAUCCGAGGUUUAAGAGGUAUGGAGAUCGCGCUUGGCUGAAAGAAUAUGGUAGAUUCGUUCGAAUAUAUCUAGACACGUUCAAGCUGGGCGGGACGAGAUCUUUUGCGAGCCCUAGGGGCAGGAAGAUAAUCGCAAGUUUGCCGGGGAAUCAUGAUCUGGGCUUUGGGAAUGGAAUACAGCUCCCUGUGCUCCAGCGGUUUCGUGCUUACUUUGGCGAAGGGAAUAGGGUUGAUAUGAUUGGGAAUCAUACCUUUGCCUCCGUGGAUUCUGUCUCACUGAGUGCAAUGGACCAGGAGAAGUCAGUGGCUGGAGGUCCAGCCACCGGUAGCUUUGCUUCAAAGGAAAUCUGGGAGCCAACGGAGACGUUUCUAAACGACUUUCAGAAGCUCAGGUCGCGAGCUAUUCGGGAGGAACUACUCUUGCUGAAUGGUAAGCCAGAAAAUCAUGUUUCGACACACACUGCAACAGAUGCGACUGCGCCGAUAGCGCCAAAAAUAUUACCCGCUCUGUCGAGUGGUGAUUUUCCUACUGUCCUUCUCACUCAUGUCCCUCUUUUCCGGGAGGCUGGUACGCCAUGUGGGCCACUUCGUGAGCACUGGCCACCCUCGUCCACUGAUCUUCCACCGGAGAAGGACGAGAGAAAUGCUAUUCGAAUUGGCUGGGGAUAUCAAUAUCAGAAUGUGCUUACGCCGAAAAUAUCUAACGACAUCAUCAACAAAACCGGUCCCGUGAUUCAGAUUUAUUCUGGCGACGACCACGAUUAUUGUGAAAUCCAGCACCAAGAGUUUCGUGGCGCUCCGAAGGAAAUUACGGUGAAAAGCGCAUCAUUUGCCAUGGGUGUACGACGUCCUGGCGUUCAGUUGGCGAGUCUCUGGAACCCUAUUGACCCAAAUACAGGGAAGUCAGUAAACCCAUCAGGAUCUUCAACCCUGCAGAACAAUCUCUGCCUCCUUCCAGAUCAACUCUCCGUGCUACUUCGAUAUGCAUAUACCUUCGCUUUUACUAUUAUUAUCCUUUGUGUCUACGCGAUAUACAUGACCGUUCGAGGCCCCAACGAUGCCUGUGGCCCAAUCCUUCCUCUAACCGAACCUUGUGUCGGCGACAUCCCUUCCACGUCAGUAUCAAGCAAGUGCACAUCCUCGUCAUCUCCAUCGGGCAGCGAGAGCAGGUUUGGAACCCGGUACAACAAUAUCAUUGCCUCACGAGCAGCCUCGAGGUCCCCACCAGAUGACGCAGCGCGAUCAUCAAAAGUGGCGCCAUCAUCAGGGUUUUCCGCUCCAGAUGAGAACACAGACCGCUCUCGACGGGCGAAUUGGGAGGCCAUGGAAAAGGUAAAAGAAAAACAAUGGUCAAGCUCCAGGGCUGCCACCGUUUGUAAGCAGGGAUUCCCCCAGCGCCUGCUUAGAAGUCUUGUUUCUUCGCUCCAAUGGGUUGGAGGCAUUUGUCUAGUUUGGUACUUUUGGUUGCUUUGGACAUGGUGA